UCGAGUCGAGCCAAGAUGGCUACCAAAAAACAAGGCUCACACGCAUCCUUCCCUGAAAACGAGUACUUCGCGGAAGGACGAGAGUUAUUUGAGGCAUGCAGGAAUGGCGAUGUUAGUAAAGUCCGUCGACUGGUCAGUGCCAAUGCAAACGUAAAUGCAAGAGAUACUGCUGGAAGAAAAUCCUCGCCGCUCCAUUUUGCUGCUGGUUUUGGUCGAAAGGAGGUAGUGGAAUACUUAUUACAGUGUGGAGCUGACGUACAUGCAAAAGAUGAUGGUGGCUUAAUUCCUCUGCAUAAUGCAUGCUCAUUUGGUCAUGCUGAAGUUGUUAGAAUCCUAUUAGGACAUGGUGCUGAUGCCAAUGCCAGAGAUAACUGGAAUUACACCCCAUUGCAUGAAGCUGCUGUCAAAGGCAAAGUAGAUGUUUGUGUUGUACUUUUACAGCAUGGAGCGGACCCUAAUAUCAGAAAUACAGAUGGGAAAACAGCUUUAGAUGUAGCAGAAUCCCCUGCAAAAUUAGUACUUACAGGAGAUUACAAAAAGGAUGAAUUAUUAGAAGGAGCAAGAAGUGGAAAUGAAGAAAAGUUGAUGUCAUUAUUGACACCUCUUAAUGUCAACUGCCACGCUAGUGAUGGUAGGAAAUCGACUCCUCUUCACUUGGCAGCAGGAUAUAAUAGAGUAGGUGUAGUCCAACUAUUGCUGAAGCAUGGUGCUGACGUUCAUGCAAAAGAUAAAGGUGGACUGGUGCCUUUACACAAUGCUUGCUCAUACGGACAUUUUGAAGUUACUGAACUGCUUAUCAAGCAUGGUGCCAGUGUUAAUGCCAUGGAUUUGUGGCAAUUCACUCCUCUUCAUGAAGCUGCUUCCAAAGCUAGGAUUGAGGUGUGCUCAUUACUACUGGGUCAUGGAGCUGAUCCAACCCUCUUGAACUGUCAUUCUAAGAGCGCCUUGGAUGCUGCUCCCACUAAGGAACUCCAGGAGAAGCUUCUUUCUGAAUUCAAAGGUCAUCAAAUACUUGAAGCAGCCAAGUCAUGUGAUUCUAACAAGAUCAAGAAACUCAUCACACCUGAUAGCAUUAACUUCCAUCACACUAUAACCUUAGAUUGUCCACUGCAUUUUGCUGCUUCUUCAUCUUCACCCAAAAGAAAAAAUGUUAUUGAGAGCCUACUAAAGAAGGGUGCAGAUCCUAAUGUACAAAAUAAAAGUUCAUAUACACCUCUACACAUAGCUUCAGAGAAAGGACAUUACGAUGCAAUGGAACUUUUACUUAAACAUGGAGCAAAGGUGAAUGUGAUGGAUUCUGGUGGUCAGACUCCACUUCAUCUUGCAGCCAUUGCAGGUCAAGCUCAGUCUUGUAGAAUCCUGAUGGCAAAUGGAGCAGACCUUACUGCUCAGACAUACCAAGGUUAUACACCUUUAGAGGUGGCUACGGAGCCUGCACAGAAAGUACUUCAUGUGAUUGAUGAUCCAGUUUCUCCAGUGACUGAUGCUGAAAAGCAAUUACUAGAAGCUGCAAAAACUGGUGACAUGGAGACUGUAAAGAAACUGUGCAAUAGCAUAACCGUGAAUUGUAGAGAUCUAGAUGGCAGGUGCAGUACUCCUCUUCACUUUGCUGCUGGCUAUAACCGUGUUACAGUAGUGGAGUACCUUUUGUCUAACGGUGCCGAUGUACAUGCUAAAGAUAAAGGGGGUCUGGUACCACUACAUAAUGCUUGUUCAUAUGGACACUAUGAAGUAGCUGAAUUACUAGUUAAGUUUGGGGCAAAUGUCAAUGUUGCAGAUCUUUGGAAAUUCACACCUUUACAUGAAGCAGCUGCUAAAGGAAAAUAUGAGAUAUGUAGACUUCUUCUGAAGCAUGGUGCAGACCCUCAAAAGAAGAACAGAGAUGGAUACACCCCUCUAGACCUUGUCAAAGAAGGAGACAAUGAUGUUGCUGAUUUACUAAGAGGUGAUGCUGCUCUACUUGAUGCUGCAAAGAAAGGAAACCUAACAAGGGUAACUAAACUUGCUACUACAGAAAACAUCAAUUGCAGAGACACCCAAGGCAGAAAUUCAACUCCACUGCAUUUGGCAGCUGGAUACAACCAUCUUGAUGUUGCAGAGUACUUACUGGAACAUGGAGCUGAUGUGAAUGCACAAGACAAGGGAGGCUUGAUACCUUUACACAAUGCCUCGUCCUAUGGGCAUGUAGACAUAGCUGCUCUUCUAAUAAGAUACCAUACUGAUGUAAAUGCCACUGAUCGCUGGUUAUUCACACCUAUUCACGAAGCAGCUCAAAAGGGUAGAACACAACUUUGUGCACUUUUGCUGGCUCAUGGUGCUGAUCCGUCCAUGAAGAACCAAGAGGGACAGACCCCUUUAGACCUUUCAACGGCUGAUGAUGUCAAGUGUCUAUUAGGAGAUGCAAUGCUGCAACACAAUGCCACGAGCCAGGCUCCUGCCACACCCACUAAAACCCCAUCACCAGUAUCUGCUGCUGUAUCUACCGCUAGUGGCGUGAGCCCAUUAUCACUAGCUAACAGUAGUCUGCUAGCAAGCAGUCCUGCUGGAUCCGGUGAUGGAGCAAUAAGUAACAGAUCUGUAUCAGAAGCUCAAGGGCAAGCAGAGGCUAAACAUUCUUUAUCAGGACACCCUGGACUGGAUGUGGACGUUGGUCAAUUCCUUGAUGGCCUUCAACUCAACAACUUAAAAGAUAUAUUCGAAAGAGAACAAAUUUCCUGGGACGUGCUCGUAGACAUGGGUCAUGAAGAACUUAAAGAAAUUGGUAUUCAUGCUUAUGGCCAUCGACACAAGAUUCUUAAAGCAGUCAAAGAAAAACUGUCUGGUUUAGGACUAGGUAUUGGUCCAUUCUCAGUAGCUAAUUUACAGGGCUCUGUAAUACAAGAGCUUUCACCGAUGGAUAAAGAUUACAGUUCAGUCGCUGAUGAGAUGCAGUCAACUGUCGUUGAGCACCGAGACAGUGGUGUUUCUGGUGGUGUGUUUGCAUCCUAUACAAUAAACAAGAUUGAACGAGUCGUAAAUACAAAAUUAUGGGACAAAUAUGUUUACAGAAGACGCGAGAUCUCAGAUUCCAAUCAUAAUCAUGCAAAUGAAAGAAUGCUCUUUCACGGUUCGCCAUUUAUCAAUGCUAUCGUACAAAAAGGAUUCGACGAGCGUCAUGCGUACAUCGGUGGUAUGUUCGGUGCAGGCAUCUACUUUGCUGAGAACUCAUCUAAAAGUAAUCAAUAUGUAUAUGGGAUAGGAGGAGGGCAAGGCUGCCCUAAACAUAAAGAUAGAUCGUGUUAUUCUUGUGAAAGACAACUUCUGUUAUGCCGUGUGGCUUUGGGUAAACCAUUUUAUCAGUUUUCCGCCGUCAAAAUGGCGCAUUCGCCACCUGGCCACCAUUCAGUCAUUGGUCGUCCAAGUUCUGGAGGUUUAUCGUUCGCUGAAUAUGUCAUAUAUCGUGGAGAACAGGCUUAUCCAGAAUACCUUAUAAGCUAUAAAAUAAAUAAGCCCGACACGUGAUCUGCACUGAUGGACCAGAUUAUAUAAUAAUAUUUUAUAAUAUCAAUUUCUAGCAAUAUAAUCAUUUGUACAGUAUAUAUAGCAAUGAAUCAUGUUAAUAGCUAAUCUUUUUAAUCAUUUCAAUGCUGUGUAAUUAAAGUGAAUGUAAAUAUUA